AGACUUGCACUAUGCUGAAGUAGUCACGUACAAUCCUCGGGAGGUUACUCAAACAAGCAGCCCAAAUUCCCUUAUCUACUUCAACACUCUAAUAAAUAACGAACACUACAAGAGAUUGCUGAAACAGGAAAUAAACACCUGGCGAGAGCAUAUCACCAUGGGAGUACGGGAGCUACUUGGAUACGGUGCAAGUGACAAGUCCCACAGGAAGGAGAAAACUAAAGGAAUAAAAGACAUACAGCAAGAAAAGAGAAAAGGAAGGAGAGUUGGCGCAGAAGGGAGCAUUGAUAUGGAUGUAGACAGCGAACAACCUGCCGAGAACCCAGCUACGUCUCAACCAGAGUCCAAGGGCUUAGGUCAAACCAAAGUUUGGCACAAAACUCUGGGUAAACUUGAUCCAGAGCUUCGUGUCACGGCCUGGUUUGCCUGUAAUGCUUGUCAAUUCCUGGAACCUCGCUAUCGGCGACGGGGAGUAUUCGAUUUCUUUGGCAUGUGCAAUCACCAGUGCCAAAGACCAGAUCUUAAAAAAAAGGAUCCGCUAUUGUGGUCAAUAACCAACUUCUCUCGCGCCUUGCAUGCGAUUGAGACCACAAAAGCAAUGCUGGACAUUCUAUGUCUUGAUGAAGAAGAUCCAGAAACGAAGACUGCAUGCUUUGAUGGACUAUGGCUGUGUCGAAACUGUCCAGAGACGAUGAAGGCGAUGCAAUGGGAGGAUCUGCGCUUGGAGAAGAUUUCUAUGGGCAAGGCAAUGGACCGUGAACAACUUCGGGCAGAAGAUAAACGACCGUUUACGGUGUCCAAGCUACUGUUAAACAAGAAAGAGGCCGGAAAGAAGAAGCUAUUCUGCGUCCAUUGCAUGCCCAGUUCAGAAGCUCUUUUGCGUGCAAAGUUUCAGGGUCCUGGACAAAUGAGCCAAAAAGGCGCUCCUAAAGCGAUGGAUAUUCAUGGGAUUAGACAACAUCUAAAGGUCAAACUAAAAUUAGCCAAGAGACAAGGUAUAGUCUUGAAUAUGUGCGUUGGAGUGGAGUUUAACUUAUCUACUAGCGAUCCCCCAGACAAGACGGUGGACUCAACUCAGGAGGCAGGAAGCCCGUAUGGCAACUGGAACCCAGACUUCGGGGAACUAGAAAAUCUUGGUAUUGGGCAUGUAGUACAAGAGCAUAUUGUGAAUAGCGCCUCGAGAGUUAAUAUGCUACAAACCAUUAUUGCCACGAUCAAGCACGAGCAGGAUGAAAUCUUGAUAUAUAUAGCGAAAUGUACAGCGCAUCCUGGAGAUAUUCUCUCUUUGACCUACACUUGCCAACAUUUACACAAGCUAUUCGCUCAUGAAGAGUCCAGAUCCAUAUGGAAGCAUGCGAGGGAUCAUAUAAUGCUCAUUCGAAGACUCGAUAUCAUAGAUAGGACGAGUAACCCAAAGAAUAGUCACUUGGCCAACGAUGUCUGUGCUCGGUGGAUAAAUCGACCUAUCCCUCCUCCUUUUCCUGGACAAACAGAGAUGUGUCUGGCACAGCUUCUUUUUGGUCAGAAAUCAUGUCCCUAUUGUAAGAAGGAGCACAACGAUAUUCCGCGACAUCCCGUCCUAGGGGUCACCCUCUGUGAAGUGAGUCUCCAUCCACUGCCUUCCCUACCUUUGAUGAAACUUCCAAACCUUCCACAACAUAGGAUUGUUGGGGAAAUAAUGAGGCCCUAUUCAACAAUCCCUCUCGUCGAAUUUUUCACCGAAUUAGGUAGCCCAAACCAUAAAGAACUGCUGGAAGGGGAAAUCAUUACCUGGCAAAAGCAGGCCACCGUUGGCGCACGGAGAUUACUUGGGUACAGCGAAGGUAGCGAAUCUCAUUCAAGCAUGAAGAAUAAGGCGGCAAAGAAGACUCGAAGAGAAAAAGGGAUAAUAAAGCAUAUUUAUGGAAAAAGUAGGAUAAAUAGGGACUCUGGCAGUAAACAUUCAGUGCAGAAUCGAGCCGAGAAGCGGCUGGAUUCCGAAGCUUCUAGUCAACUUACAGUUUGGCGCAAGGCUUUCGGUAAACUUGAUCCAGAGAUUCGUGUCACGGCCUGGUUUAUCUGCAAUGUUUGCCGAUCCCUGGAACCUCGCGCACGGCGACGAGGAGUGCUGGACUUCCUUGAUAUGUGCGCGCACCAGUGCCAACGACCAAAUUGUAGCACAAAGAACCCAAUACCAUGGGCAAUCACUAACUUCACUUUGGCCUUGCAUGCCGUCGACACUACAAGAGCAAUGCUCGAGAUUCUAGGUCUCAAUGAAGAAGACCCGAAGACGAAAACGAAAUGCUUUGCAGGACUAUGGAUAUGUCAAAACUGCCCAGAGACGAUGAAAGCAAUGCAGUGGGAGGAUUUGAUACGUCAUUGUAAUAGACAUCCGAUACAACGUUUGGAGAAGAUUUCCGUGGACGACGCAAUAGACCGCGAACAAGCUCGGGGAGAGGGUAGACGGCUGUUUACGGUGUCCCAACUACUUUCGAACAAGAGGGAAGGGAACAAGAAGAGAUUGCUUUGUGCCCAAUGCUUGCCUACCUCCGAAGCUCUCUGCCGUGCAAAAUCCCGGGUCUCUGAACAGACAAACGAAAACGGUCUCCCUAAAGCAAUGGAUAUACACGGGUUGAGACAACAUUUGAAAGUCAAGUUCGUAGGAUUCGUGAUGGUGUUAUAA